GGCUCCUCCCACCGGAAGCGACGCACACCGGAAGCGGCGGCGGCGGGAUGAAGCUCCUCACCCACAACCUGCUCUGCUCCAACGUGCGCGGGCUCCGGCCCGGCGGCGGCUUCCCCCUGCGGAUACAGGCCUCGGAUGUCUGCGUGCGGCCGGUACCGUUCAACGCCGCCUUCGUAGCCCGGUUGGUGCCGCGGCUGCGCUGGGGGGCGCUGCUGGAGGCGGCCGAGAGCUUGGGGCACCCCUCGAAUCUGCCCCCCGAGCCUACCCCGGACUACGAGGGAGAUGAAGCGUUCCUGCGGCGGGUGCACCAUGUGCUGCUGGAGGUGGAGGUACUGGAGGGGUUCCUGCAGUGCCCGGACUCGGGGCGCCAGUUCCCCAUCUCCCGUGGGAUCCCCAACAUGCUGCUGAGAGAGGAGGAGGCCUGAGGGGGGGGCGCGG